AACCUGCCGAGGAGCAGAGAAGUAGCGUUGUAUGUACGUCCUGGAAGCGGCCAAGGCAGCUCGCGCGGGCAACGCAGACAGGGGCCUGCAGAAGAUGACAGAAUACAAGCUUGUGGUGGUCGGAGCUGGUGGCGUAGGCAAGAGCGCCUUGACGAUACAGCUAAUUCAGAACCAUUUUGUAGACGAAUACGAUCCAACAAUAGAGGAUUCGUACAGGAAACAAGUAGUCAUCGAUGGAGAAACCUGUCUCUUGGAUAUUCUGGAUACAGCCGGUCAAGAGGAGUACAGCGCGAUGCGGGACCAGUACAUGAGGACGGGAGAGGGCUUUUUAUGUGUAUUUGCUAUAAAUAACACAAAAUCUUUUGAAGAUAUUCACCAUUAUAGGGAACAAAUAAAAAGAGUGAAAGAUUCUGAAGACGUCCCCAUGGUGCUAGUAGGAAACAAAUGUGAUUUGCCUUCCAGAACUGUAGACACAAAACAAGCUCAGGACUUAGCAAGAAGUUACGGAAUCCCUUUCAUCGAAACGUCAGCAAAAACGAGACAGAGAGUGGAGGAUGCUUUUUAUACACUGGUGCGAGAGAUCCGUCAGUACAGACUGAGAAAACUCAGCAAAGAAGAAAAGACUCCCGGGUGCGUGACAAUUAAAAAAUGCCUUUUAAUGUGACAGGGGUGUUGACGAUGCCUUCUACACGUUAGUUCGGGAAAUCCGAAAGCACAAAGAAAAGAUGAGCAAAGAUGGGAAAAAGAAAAAAAAGAAGUCAAAGACAA